UUGUAUAUACACACUUAUAUAGAUUGUAUAUCGACUUUUGAUUUGUUUUAUAAAUUUUGUAAAAGAUGGGUUAAGAAGUAUAUACUUCUAAAGGUUGUUUUACAAUAGUUAUUGUGCAGCAUUAAAAACAAUAUUAGUAGGAAAAAUUUGAGAAGAGAAUAUGAGAACUCGACCCCGGUGCCGAACUUGGCUGCCAUUAUCUACCCAGCAGCUUCGUUUGCGAAAUCUUAUUAGGAUUGAAGGUAUAAAUAUUAAAUGCCAGGAAUCGGGCGCUUUAAUAUAUUACACACUGCAUGAAACCGUCGAAAAGGAUGCUUUUUAUACAAGCGAAUGUUUGCCCCAUCGACAGGAUCAAAAUUGGGCAGAAAUUAUAUGUCCUAAAAUAUUUAAAGCCAAUGACCAAAGUGUUUGUGUCAAAGUGUGGGCGCACUUUAUAACUGGCUUACUAGAUAAAGAUUGCAUUCAACAAAUUGCUUGUGCUAAUACGGAGUCAUUAAGUGCCUUCUCAAAUAACCUUUGGUGUCCCCGUGAUGAUAAGGAAACAAAUUCGCAAUAUAAACUUCUUUUCACUUGGGGAAUAUAUCUUUCUGGUCUGACGCCAGUAAGUGAACAAUUCUUUUUAAAGUUAAAGGAGAAUUCUUUGCUUUUCUAUAUAAACGGAGGAUGCUUUACAUCAGCAAAACAUAUAAAUUCUGACAUUGCAAUAGUUGACAAUUUCUAUCUUCUAAAUGAUGUGUUUCCACAGUAUGAAAGAAUUCAAUUAAACUCAUCAAACACAAAUAAUAUUGAAGAAGGAAAUGUAGUUUUUUGCAGAAAUGCUGUAACUGCUCGUUGUAUAAUUAUGUACUAUAAUAGGGAUGACGUGCGUAAAGGGUAUAGUUUACAACAGCUUUUGAAGAUACAGGAAAUACAACGAAGAUGUUUACAAAAAUUAAGAGAAAGCAAAGAUCUUACUAUUGAAAUUCAACGAAAAUGCAUGCAAUGCAUCACAAAGAAACAACUUUCCAUUCCACUAAACUCAUCAUUUAAUAACUCAUUCACGAGGAAUUCUCAAAGAACCUCAAUGGGUCGAGCAUUAAGUGAGUUAUAUUCAGAGGAACGCCAAUUGAGUCCACAAAUUUUAUAUUGUGCUCAAAAUUUAAAGAAGCAAUUAGAAACCUUGCGAUUGAAACAAAGCCUUCUUCAAUUUGAGCAUAAAAGUUUUUCUCUUCGCCUACAUCAAAAAGCCAAAGGUUUAAUCCUUUUAAAUGAAAUCCGACACCGGCAUCAAAUUUCUAUUCGAUCUCGUAAUCAACAGUUGCAUGACGAAAAAAAAGUUUUGAUAGAGCAAUAUCAGGAGAUAUAUCUUCUUAAAAAAAAAAAGGUCGAUAUCAUCCGAAAUACAGAACGGAGAAUGUCAGCAUUAUGUGUUGGCCUACGUGAAAUUUACCCAAUAGAAACAAAAACAAAUGCUUUCAAUACUAUCAACAACGUACCAUUUCCAAGUAUGGACGCAUUGAUUAAUGUUACUAAGUCGCAUAAUACAAGCAGUUCGGAAAAUAUAUUACCUAUUACUUUGAGUGUUUCACUGGGAUAUAUUGCUCAUUUAGUGCAGAUGAUUGCUUAUAUAUUCAACCGCCCUUUAAGAAAUGCAAUAAUACAUCAAGGUUCCCGCUCCCGAAUAAUUGAUAUCGUAAAAGAGAUUCCGUUAUCGUGUUCAGAAUUUCCUCUUUAUAAUCGCUCAACUAUACCGUCGAAGGCAGUAAAAUACGGAAUAUUCUUGUUAAACCAAAAUAUAGCUCAGCUUUGUUUCGAUAUUAUAGGACUGCGUUGUGAUAUGAGUUUGACACUUGAAAAUAUCCGUCAGAUAUUUCUUUAUCUAAGUGAAGUUCAAACCUUGGAUGAGAAAAAAAUGUGUCGCAAUAAGAGGGGCACCUUGAGCUACAAUGGUUGUACAAUUAUGGAUAGUAAUUUGCUCUCGAAUUCACAUUCAUCGAUCGAUAUAAAUAACUUGUCAGUUCCUUUGGUGACUGUAACACCAGAAAAUUCCUCGUCGCAAUUGACAAAUAGCAUGCCAUUCCCAAUUGAAGGUGGCAUCAAUAUCAAACAAAGAAUCAGUCGAUCUGUUGGUUCAUAUUCGGACUCUGAAGAGGACUUCAAAGAUAUUCGAAUGAAUGGAUGCUCCAACUCGGAUUCAAAUAUUGCGAAGCCCUCUAAACAUAUGUAAAAGUUUCUGUCUACAAUUAUCAGGAGUAUACGUGAAUUAUCAGGAAAUAAAAUGCAAUUUAUUGCACACUCUUUUAUGUUAUAACACUGUAUACUUACAUAUGUAUUACAUAGUCUUGAAAUAUGCAUAUACAGUAUCGGACAAAACAUUUGCAACUGAAAUAUAAUAAUGAAAAUACUGUCGAUUGCACAGAAAAUAAUUGCCGGAGACUUACUAUUUUAAUUUUGUUUUAAAUAUUGGAAGUUAAUUAAGGUAAACAAAGCAAAUUUAAUAAUAUUUUUCAGUUUACUUGAUUAAUAUAUGUAUAUAAAAAAUUGAUAUAACAUCUAUAUUCAAUAAGACAAACAAUUGCAACUCAAAGAAAACUGUUCACUAUUUUUAAUAAAAAAAAGAAAAACUUAGUAUUUUGUAGAAAACUCGUUAUUCUCAAUAACACCUUUGCAUCGCAGUGGCAUUGAAGCUAUGAGGUUAUCCAUUAUGCUUUGGGGUAUAUUUCUGCCUACAGGGCCUUUUGAAAUAACUGAUCAGUAUUUGGCACAUUACUGCGAUCAAUUCUUUUUUUUUAUAAUUUCCCAUAAAUUUUGUAGCCUGGAGACUGUGGAGGCCACUCCAUUACAUCCACUUUAUUCCUCUGUAACCACGAUGUUAGGACCUAUGCCAUAUGCUUCGGGUCAUCGCCCCGGUGGAAGACCCACUUAAGCGGCAUUACGGUUUCCAUAAUGUUUCUGUAAACGUACCGAUCCAUGCUACCAUUGAUACGAUGAAGCGGCCCCAAACUAGAAGCAGAAAAGCAUCCUCAGACCAUAACAUACCAACUGUUUUUAGACAAUAGAAAUUUUUUAGAUGCUUGCUUCGUGGGCAUUGAACGAAACUCACGCCAUCACUUCCUACCAAAUUAAAUUUGGACUCAUCACUAAAAAGAACAGUUUCCCACUCGCUUAUUGGCCAUUCUAGAUGAUUUUUAGCGAACACAAUCGUUUUAGUUGGUUACGUUUGGUAAUAAGCGGUUUCUUCGUUGGUCGGUAACUGUGUAAAUUUAGGCUAUGAGCGACCGUUCUUGUGUAGAUUGGUAGCCCAAGCUCCUUUGCCAAUUGCGGAGCGCUUUAAAAUGUUUAUUUUUUUUUACCUCUCUUACAAUUGAGAUGUCAGUUUUUUCAUCAGUUUUCCUUGAUCGGUUUCCACGACGCACUACUUCGACAAUUUUAUUCCUAAUAAAGUUCGAAAUUAUUCGUGAGAUUGAUGACUUGAAAAUUCUGUACUUUAUAGAAAUUUCUUUUUGAGAAGUUCCGUUAUUAUAAUCGUGCUCGGACUGCCACACCGAAUUUAUUUAGAGCCAUUGCUUUUUUGGAAAAAAAAAAUUUUAAUUAAAAAUGUGUUACAGAACAGAAAUUGUGCUCAGUAAAUGUUCUAAUUAAUUCAAACUCAAUACCGUUAGAAAAAGAAACGAGCAAAGGAGAAAAUAAAAGAACGAAACAGAGUUGCAAUUGUUUUGUCGUGACGGAUUGUCAUAUAUUUGAAAUUGCUUUCAAAUAUAACCGCCAAAAUAAAAAAAGAUCGCGAUAAACAUUACAAAAUAUGUAACUUCAAUGCUGUAAAUUUUAAAACUAGAAACAAAAAGAAAUUUGAAGGAAAAAUGGCAUUGUAAGACAAAAAAGCUAGAACUUCGCUCUAGUUGCAAAUGUUUUGUCCGAUAUUAUAUCUAUAAUUAAUUUCUAAAUAUCUUUUAGCUUGUAAACACAAUUGUUUCUAUGAAAUUUUAUACGCAUAGUAACCAUGAAAAUUGAUUCAGAAUCCAGAAGGAAAUCAAUAAGAAUGUAAUUUUUAAUGUAAGAGAAAAGUUAUGAAUAAUAUCAAUAGUUUAACACUUCGA